AUGUCCUUAUUUGCAGUCGAUGGAUGGGAUAUUAAGAGCAGUAAAGUCAUAUAUGACAAAGCUAACAGAAAAGAAUUAACUGAAGAACAGGAAGAGAAGAAGAAAAUUAGAAAGGAUAAGAAGAAGUUAAACAAGCAAAAGAAAAGGUUACUGCAGCAAGGAAAGAAUGUUGAUACAGAAUUAAACAACAAAAAGGAUGAAGAGCAAAAAGAGGAACAAGAACAAGAAAAGGAACCGAAACAAGAAGAACAUGCAGUAAAGCAAGAUUUGAAGAAAGCUAACAACUCCCAGAAAAGAAAACAUGAUGAAUUAAAUGAAUCCGAAGUAACUGAAGGAAAUAAUCCAAGCAAUAUGCAACCUAUAACGCCAAUUAAAAAACUAACGCCUUUACAACAAAAGAUGAUGGCUAAAUUGACUGGAUCAAGAUUUAGAUGGAUCAAUGAGCAAUUAUAUACGAUUCAAUCUGACGAUGCUUUGAAAUUAAUUGAAGAACAGCCACAAAUAUUUGAUGAAUAUCAUGACGGCUUCAGGUCUCAAGUCCAAGCAUGGCCAGAAAACCCAGUUGAUGUUAUGGUAAAUGAAAUUCGUGUUAGAUCUCAAAAACCUGUAAAUGCCCCAGGUGGUUUACCAGGUUUAAAGGAUAAAACGAUCGUAAUUGCCGAUAUGGGAUGUGGUGAAGCUAAGCUUGCCCUAGAUGUCGAUAACUAUUUUAAAGGCAUCAAUCAAAAGGCUAAAAAGCCAUUUUUUAAAAGAAAGCAUAAAGUUCAUAGUUUUGACUUGAAAAGGGUCAAUGAAAGAAUAACCGUUGCUGAUAUCAAAAAUGUUCCUCUUCCAGAUGAAUCAUGUUCUAUCGUUAUAUUUUGUCUAGCUUUAAUGGGUACUAAUUUCUUAGAUUUUAUUAAGGAAGCAUAUAGAUUGUUAACUCCUAGGGGUGAAUUAUGGAUAUCUGAAAUCAAGUCCAGAUUUAAUGAUAAAGAUGGUAGCGGUGAUGAAUUUGUAAAUGCUUUAAAAUUAAUGGGAUUUUUCCAUAAAACAACCGAUGUUGGCAAUAAAAUGUUUACAAGAUUUGAAUUUUUCAAACCAGCUCAAGAUAUAAUUGAAGAAAGAAUUGCAAAACUUGAGAGAAGACAAAAAUUCAUCGAAGUUGAGACAGAAAAGGAAGAGUUAGAAAAGAAAAGAACCAAAAUAGCAGAAGGUAAAUGGUUAUUGAAACCAUGUAUAUAUAAAAGGAGAUAA